AUGGCCGACGCCGGAGAAGAACCUCAUCAUGUGUCGGAGCCUCUCGACCUUGUCCGACUUCUUCUCAACGAGGUUGUCUUUGUCAAGCUUCGAGGAGACCGAGAACUCAAGGGAAAGCUACAUGCUUACGACAGCCAUUGCAACCUGGUGCUAGGAGAGGUCGAGGAGACUAUCUACACUGUGGAUGAGGAUGAUGACGACGAUGAGCUCAAGACCAUCAGCCGGAAAUCCGAGAUGCUAUUUGUGAGAGGUGACAGUGUUGUCUUGAUCUCACCUGGAGUUCCCUUUUAG